GUCUUAAUGAUUUCAAUUAUGUUAUAAGUAGCCCAGCUAGUUUUGGUGGUGGUAAAAAACCUGAAAUUAUAGCAAAAGAACUUUUUCCAGAAAAAUUUCUGGCAAAUACUUCUUUUGCUAGAAAAAAACUUAAUAAUAAAGAACGUAAAGAAUUUGAAAGAGCAUUAGAAUUUGAAGCAACUUGGCAUUUGGCAGUAUACCACAUACAAUGUGAAAGAAAAACAAGUAAUGAAAAUGCUAUAUGUAAUAAAUGUAAAGAAUUAAGAUCUAAUAAACGGUUAAAUGAAGCACUUAAAGCU